AUGCUCCAUUGGGAGUAACAGGCGAAAGUAAGUAAGUAAGUACAUUUGAAUAGGAAAGUUUUGAUUUCAAACGGUUUCACCCCACUAAUCCGAAAUAUCCAUUUAAAAACCGAUUGAAUUUCAAGGCUUUUUUAAAGGUUUAUUAAAUAGUUUUGGUGAAUUUAUUUAUAUAUUUACCUUCGAAUUCUAUGGUAACUAGGAGUUCACUAUUACUUUUCUUAUUUGUGUUUUAAAGUAUGAAUUGCUCUGUCAGAAACGUCAAUGAACCAUAUGAUGAUAUAAUAGUCAUCGAUAGUGAUGUUGACAACAAGAGUUAUAUUCAUUCGUCCGAUGGUAGUGACGAAGAGGAGGGAUUUGACUCAAAUAUCGCUUCUAAUGAAUUGAGACAAGAUAAACUUGACUAUCCAGUUAAAACAUGUAAUAAUUCUCAAGGACGAAUUCGUCAGAGGGAGGUGAAGGAAAAGAAAGUGGAAGACAGCUUUAGUUUGAAAACGUGUCCUGCUGAAAUGAAACAAAGAAAAUAUAAUGAUUCUACCAAAGCGUGUGAUAAUUCUGAGGAACAAUCUUGUCACGAAACAGUGGAAAAUAAAGAUACAGAUACUUCCAAACUGGAUUCAGAUGGAAAUAUUCAUCAAUUCAAAUAUUCAAUUUCUGGAUAUCAUACAUCAUCUACAAAUAUGUAUACAAACUAUAAUUAUUACCAUGUAUGUUUAAUACUAGCCUUAAUUCUAAGACUUGUGUUAGUUAUUUUCUCUGUCUGGCAGGAUACAGUUCGUUGGCCGGACGGCCAAUUACGAUUUACGGAUGUGGAUUACGAUGUGUUUUCUGAUGCUGCUCAAGCUUUUGUCGCUGGGAAAAAUCUUUAUAUUGAGCGCCCCACUUAUAGAUAUUCACCACUUAUUGCUGUUCUUCUCGCUCCUGGUUACUGGUUAUUUUCUGACGGUCAAUAUUCAGUCAGUGAUAAAAAGGAAGUGAAUAUUAGUUCAGAAUUUGUUGACGUAUCAGUGGAACCACACUUCCGGUCAUCAAAACACAUAACUGUUCCUUCUCUCGCUCGACUUUGGGGUAAAUUAAUAUUCAUCACUGCUGAUUUGAUCUGUGGUUGCAUACAAUAUAAAAUUAUUCAAAAUAAACAGUUUCUGAACAGUUUACCAAAUCCAAAUACUGUCAAUCAAAAUAAAAAAAUCCAUCGAGGUUCAAUUUCAUUCAAUUCAAAUCAAUUAGCAUUAUAUCUUGUUAGUUUCAGUUGGUUAUUCAAUCCUGUUACAUCAGUAGUCUCCGCUCGUGGUAAUGCAGAUGGAUUACAAAGUUGUUUUGUUUUAGCAUGCCUAUGGUGUAUUCUAAACCGUCGUAUCAUUCCAGCUGGAUUUUUAUAUGGGUUAUGCAUUCAUGUACGUAUAUUUCCAAUCAUUUAUGCACCAUCUAUCUAUUUAUGGCUAAUGAUGACUGAUAAUAGUCAUAACAAAAAUAAUCAAAAGAAAAACAAAGGAUCAAUACUACAAUCUCAAAGUGUAUUUUCAAUUUUAUUCAAAUUACCAAAUCGAAAUCAUUUUCUUUUUGGUAUCAGCUGUUUACUCAGUUUGACGAUGUUGACUGGAUUAUGUUAUUUAUAUUUCGGUGGAAUGUUGUUUCUGCAACAAGCCUAUUUCUAUCACUUUACUCGGUCAGAUUUUAAACAUAAUUUUGCUCCGCACUUUUUAAGUGUUUAUUUACUCUCUGGAGAGAAAUGGAUAGCUGAAAAGCAAACACUGCCUAUAUAUAAUUUACGUCAAUGGUUGGAUAAUACUUGGAAUAGUUUAUCUACUUUAGUAGCUUACUCUGGUUAUAUUAAUAAUGCUGGAUAUUCUUACUCAAUAUGGAAUUUAUUGUUAAAAAGUCUUAGUACACCUGAGGUUUUGGAGCGUUUAUUUAGUGUGACUUCAAUUAUGCCGUGUAUAAUCUUAAUUCCAUGCCUGUCCUUUAAACUGUAUUCCAACAUAAGUCUGUGCUGGUUCGCGCUUACUUACACAUUUGUCACAUUUAAUAGGGUGAGUUAAAUAUUGUCCGGGUGACGAACUAUUCUUUCGGUUUUUUCUGUGUCCAUACUGAAUAUUUGUGUUGUAUCCGGCUUGUUUAUCUCAAAUAGAAUGAAACGUGGGUUCUGGAUCUUUCUAGCCACUACCUAAAGUUAUAAUGUAUUAUGUAUUUUCUGGACCUUCCAUAUGACAAAUAAGCUUUUGUAGGUGAUAUUCAUUACAAAUUAAUUUCCCCCAUCUGAGACUCUCCUUUCUGUCAUCGUUUCAAAACAUAUUAUGUUUAAAAUAAAAAUUAGUACAUCGAAUUAUCGGUCUAUGCUGUCGCAUCCAGGAAACGAAUUACUCAAACAUGUAUAAAGCCUUUUGGAAUUUAAAGGGUGAUAUACUUGUGAUACUACCCGAUCUUAGAAACGGUAGUGGAUGGAGUUUGGUUCAGACCUAUAAUGUAACGGUUGAAAGUCGGACAACUUAACCAUCAAGCUACAGCUUCAUUGAUAAAAAAUUUUAGGCUUCCGAAUGUACUGAUACUUGGGUAUAAAUUUUAAAAAUGUCAUGCAAAAAUUUACCAGUUAAGUUGUUACAACGAUUUUUCAACUGUUACUUCAGGCUUUUUGUUGUUUCCUGCAGAUCAGAUAAUCGAUUUUUAGUUCCAGUGUGGUUAGUUUGUUUGAUUUCGACCACUUUGAGGCACCUCGUUCCAAUCUUAUCCCAUUCAUCUUCAAUGUCGAUGGUUUUCUAGAGUGUAAGAAAUGUGUUCCAGAGAUUGUGAGGCAAAUUUUAUCAUGUCAUGAUCGAAAAAUAAUCACAAACUAUAAAGUCAUGUUUAAUGUAUAUAUAUAUAUAUAAAUAUAUAUAUAUAUAUAUGUCUUCCACUUAGGUAUGCACGGCUCAGUAUUUUC